UCUAAGACAUCUUUGUUCAGCGGCAGUGGGGUGUGUAUCUCAGUAGAAAUAAUCGUGAAGGAGAUUUUUAAACUUGUGGGAGGAGGAGACCUGCCUUUCAAGAGGCUGUCAACUUAAUGCCCCGUGUGGUGGAGUGGUUGAUUGGAAUGGAAUCGGAGAAGCAGCUACGUAUACUUUCCGGAGGAUGUAAAGACUGCAAAUGAGGUUAGCAUCCUAGGGCAGUAUCUGUUAAACUUGGAUAUUCCGAAGAGCACCUCAAAGCAGCCUGGUCUAAACAACCUCGUCCACAGGCCAUUGCUUUCCUUCUUGCCCCUGCCCCCACCUCCUCGCCUAUUCUUGGAUUUACUUUCAGUUCUUCAGUAAAAACAACCUUAUAGUUUCGGAAAUGGGCAAGGCUAAGAGGGGAAAAAAUGGUCUUCAAACAUUUUCCUGUCUCAGUCAAAGGGCACAACCAGGGUGAUGUAAUAGAAUGUAAUGGAUUUGAAAGUCAAGACGACUUGGGUGUCAGCACUGGCUCUGUGACUCAAAACCCGCCACCUCAUCUCUUAGUGUUUCGUCAUCUGUAAAUCAGGGCAUCAGGCAAAACCUCUGAAUCCUGUGCUCCGCCUUUUCAUGUUUGUCCGUUUGUGGUGAGAGCAGGGAAUGUGAUUUUAGGGACGGGGAUAAAAAGAAAAAAUAGAAGCGUUUGUGACCCACUCAUUUGUAGGGAAAGUUUUCAGUAAAAGUUUGGAAGGGAAUCCUCAUGAUAAUUUUGGGUUGUCCCUGGUUGCUGGAAGUGCGCCGGGGAAAGAGUAGAUUUUUAGACAGGGGAGAUAGUGACUAGGGGCUUAAGUUUGGGAAGGGCAGAUCAGUGCUUGGGGGCAGGGGCCCGAGAGUGUUCCGGGUUUCCAUGGCGCUAGGGUGAGGUGUGGGGCCGUGUCUGUGGCGACACAAGACUGCACUAUGUGGUGGACAGCAGAAAGGAGGGACUUUGGGAACAAAAUUUGGGCGGGGCGGGGGAGGGGGAGGAUCACGUGUGUAAAAUAGGGUGGGAUCCAGAAGUUGUUCCCGGUGCUAUUUGAGUGACUACGGAGAGAUCGGAAGAACCGGCUGGGCAGAAGAGUUGCAAGCUGGGCAGUGUCUGAGUGAGAACAGGAAAGCUGUAGGGUUCGAAGCCAGAGGUUGCAAAAGAGAAGCAGAGGCACCAGCUGGGAUCCCAGUGAAAUCAAGUAGAGGCUGCAAGAAGACUAGGCUGGGACUAGGUCAACUCCGUGUACUCUUUUUAGGAACUCGGAUCUCCCCUUUCUUUGGUUUAGCAACUGAAGGCUAAGCCUACUGAUUUUCUCUUCGAGUGGGCUUUUUGUUUGCUUUUCAUUUUGGUAGUGGGGCAACCCUGCAGCUUUCGGUCUUCCCUAACGUGAGGCCAGAAAAGGUCAUCCUGGCAGGGAAGCAGGGAGCUCAAGGCACUUGAAUAGGUGGGAAGACAGUAUAAUUUGUAAAUAUGGUGAACGUGACUGCAAUUCCCACCACUGUGGAAGGGCAACCGCAGCAGCUUGAAAGAGAAUCCAGGACAGAACCCAAUAGUCCAGUCACAAGAGAAAAUGUUGUGAUCAAAGUGACCCCCUUCCGCUGGGUAAUCGUCCUGUUGUUCAGUUCCUAUUCGAUGUGCAAUUCCUUCCAGUGGAUCCAGUAUGGGGCGGUUAGUAACAUCUUCAAGAAAUUCUAUGGGGUCAACGACUUUUACAUUGACUGCUUGUCCAUGGUCUUCAUGGUGGUUUAUAUCCCACUACUCUUUCCUGUGGGUUGUCUUCUGAAGAAAUAUGGUUUACGGACCAUCGCCCUCAUAGGGUCAGUCCUUAACUGCUUGGGGGCCUGGGUCAAACUGGGCAGCCUCAGGUCAGAUCUUUUUGCAGUCACCAUGCUAGGGCAAUUUAUCGCAGCUGUUGCCCAGGUGUUCAUCCUUGGCAUGCCCUCCCGUCUUGCUGCUGUCUGGUUUAGUGAGAGAGAAGUUUCAACAGCCUGCUCCCUGGCUGUCUUUGGUAACCAGGUGGGUAUUGCCCUAGGGUUCUUGAUUCCUCCUGUUAUAAUACCGAACCUCCAGGACAUGGAAAAACUAGCCCACCACAUCAGUAUUUUGUUCUUCCUAACAGCAGGUGUGGCCACUCUGCUCUUCAUCCUUAUCUCCAUUUGUUUGAAUGCUGGUUCUUUCUAUGCCCUGUCGACAUUACUGAAUCGCAUGGUGAUCUAUCAUUACCCAGGUGAAGAACUGAAUGCUGGCAGAAUUGGCCUAACCAUCAUCUUCACAGGAAUGGUUGGGGCUAUGAUUUCAGGCAUCUGGCUGGAUAAGACUAAAACAUACAAGGGGACAACAUUGGUGGUUUAUGCCCUUUCCCUGAUAGGCAUGGUGGUGUAUACUGUGACGCUGAGCCUUGGAUAUAUAUGGAUUUUGUUCUUAACAGCAGGCACGUUGGGAUGCUUUAUGACUGGCUACAUCCCACUUGGGUUUGAGUUUGCUGUGGAACUGACAUACCCAGAAUCAGAAGCAAUGUCAUCAGGCCUUCUUAAUGUAUCUGCUCAGAUAUUUGGGAUCAUCUUCACCAUUGGCCAGGGUCAGCUUAUUGAUCACUAUGGAACACUGGCUGGAAAUAUCUUUCUGUGCGUCUUCCUUGCCUUAGGGACUUUCCUAACUAGUCUCAUUUCAGCAGAUCUUCGAAGACAGAAUGCAUACAAAUCACCACCACCUGAGAAUAAAAUUCGAGAUGACCAGCCCCCUCAGGACAGAAAUCCAGAUCAGGUGGUUGAUGUUCAUCUCUGAGAGGAGGAAGCAGAGAGACCUGUAGAAAAUUGAAUGAGGUGGCCUCACUUCUUCACUGCACUUUGUUUGCCAGCAAGAGGUUCUUCGCCGAGGACUCAAGAGGGAAUCUAUCUAGGAACUAAUGGCUACCACAGCAAGAGCUGCUCCUUCUGGGAAUUUGGGAUGAUUUGUUCAGAAAUGCACUUUCUCCCUUCCUUGCCUUGAAUUAGUGGAAGUAGUGCUGAUGAAGGCAAGCAGAGCAAAGCACAGCCCAAAUCCUGACUUUGGACCGGCCUUUUGACCCUCAUUUUAUAGUAAACAAAACCUGGAGAAUUACUAUGGAAAGAAAGUUCCUACAGAAAUGAACUUUCUUUUAGUGACUUGUUUUAAACCAUUAUCUUCCAUCUUUGAAUUAAUACCAUGUAUUGGUUCUAAGGGAGAAGAUCAGUAAGGGCUAAGCCAUGGGGGUUAAGUGACUUGCCCUGGGUUACACAGUUAGUGUCUGAGGUCAUAUUUGAACCCAAGACCUCCUGUCUCCAGGCCUGGCUUUCAAUCCACUGAGCCACCUAGCUGUCCUGCUUUAGUGACUUUUUCACCUUUAGAAGAAGCACUUUUCAGGGACUAACUGUAAGUUUAGUGAAAAAAACAAAAACGCUAGCUCCUGGGCUGACCAGGGCUGACUGCUGUAGACACUGGAAGAAAAGAAGAGUUGGCUUAGUCAAAGACACUUGGUUCAAACCAUCUCAUCCUGGAAUCUGUCUCCAAACUGUCUUCAGAGUUGAUCAAACUAUAUAUUCUAUUUCAAAGAAAUUUCCUUUAGUCCAUCAAGGAGAAAUUGUUGGUAGGACCAAGUUUAAUGCAAUGAGUGCUAAAUACAUUAUUACCCUGAAGAAGGCUACAACUGGCAACCUCAGCUAUUUGAUUUUUUAAUGUAAUAAAACAUUUUAUAUGGAAACUUUCAUGCAAAUAAAAUAACUUAUGACUUCUAACUAUA